AAGAUGGAACAAGGCCAGAGUGGCGUAUCGAGCAGGAGGCCACGCAGGUUAUCCAUCACCCAGCAAAUUCAGCGGGCACUCCAUAUCGACAAGCGAGCACAUGUGAGUAUUGUGGCCUCUUGCAUCUCGCGCACGACCGUCAUAGUGAAAAAGCACGGUUCAACUUUUUGAAGGAGAUGUGCCUGAUGUCCUUCAAAGCAAACCCAGAAUAAACGAAGCCAGAGCUCGAAGGCUAUUACUACAACGACGAGAUUUGAGUCGAAACAAACAAACCCCCAGCGAUCACAUUCGAGCUCGUCGGUCAGGAGUGGGCAUUCCUAUAUGAGUAUUAAAGAGGAAAGAAACGAUUUGAUUCGGUCAACUGAAGAGGCCGGGGCUAAGAGACUAUCAGCACCGCUGCUCAAUGGGCGCCCAUACCAAAAGACACACGCUUUUCGUCCGGAAAAUGCUCCAGAAACACAUGACAAGAACACGGCUAGUAGACAUAACGACGCUCCCAGGGAGAAAGAGAGACGGGCCACGAAGCGUCUGGAAGCGGACAGGGCAGAACUCGAAAAACGGCUUCUCAGGCUCGAACAAGCUGAGGGGAGUAGAAGCUCCCGGCUCCUGAAAAGGGAGACCCGUCGUCUCUCAAAAAAGCAGCCGUUAGACAGGUCGAGCAGGGCAUCGAGCGCAAGUGCGGAAGAUGGCUCUCGAUCUUCUACUAGACUUUCCUCUAUGUUCUCCAUAUCAAGGCGCUCAUCAUCGCGAUCUCGACCGAGCUCGGUGCACGAAGCCGACCGAGGACCGCAGGGGCAGCCAGCUGACCCAGGGUCAAGGUCGAAUCUCAACUCGAACCCAGCGUCAGGGAUACCUCAGGUUGCAUUGAAAAUACCAGAGAGAUUUAGCACCGCUAUAUCUGAAGACCUUACUGCAUCAAAUGCACUACUUUCAUAUCACAAGGAGAAGCCUCUGCAGAAGCCCACUCAAGUAGCUGCAGCAUCUGACACGAAUGAGGCCAGCAGAUCACCGCAGCUCCAAGAUGGGUGUGCGUUUCAUGGUAUAAGCCAUGGGCCAAUGACAUAUAGAACAAAAGGCUAUACCUCCACACCAGAAUCCUUGGGGCACAAAGCCCAAGAAGCCUUGGAUGGAGCUGGGGACUUGGACCGUACCUCGUUUUCAGCGACCCUGAAUAUCGAGGCAAGGCGCUCUGAGGUCGUUCAAGCCACCAAGCGCUACUCGUCCAUCAUGCCCUUUCUCAGAUCCGCAUUGAAAGAUAGCAAAGACAGCCUAAACCCGAGCCUGGACCGGAGGAACAACCAGCCAUGUGAAAUGGAAUGUCUUUCCGCAAAGCCCCACCCUCAUGUCCCAAUGGCUUCAACGCAAGAGCCCUGGAGAGCCAUCCCUGGAGGGCCUCCAAAUAACAGACAUGUUCAGAGACAAUAUAGAAAGUAUAAGUCAUCACCUCUGGCGGUGGCCUCGGUGAGCGACGUUGCGAGCGAGUCAAUUUCAAUCAAGCCUACCUUGUCUGAAUCUUCCACUCGAGCCUUCCUUCAGAAAGUGAAACAAAGAAGCACGGAAGAUCCUGCACUUUCCAGGCCAAGCAUAUUGCGACCGCCAUCCAGUGUUUACAAUGGCUCUAGCGCAUCAAACGAAAAGGUGGACCUCCACAGACCUGUACAUAAGGAGCGUGUCGGCGAUCGCUUAACAUGGCCAAGCAAACGUUUUCAGCACACUUCAAGCGAUCAUUCUCAGGAUGGGAAGAAUGAUUUGCCGAUGACGAUUUUGAUUGAUUCCGGGAAAUCGCGUAAUGAGGUAACGAACCUUCACUCUCAGGCUUCAUUUGGCCACAGCGCUAGCGCUGGCCAGCGUCAACUCAAAUCCGCACCGAGCCUAAAUAUAUACUUCGAAAACGAAACAAGUGUCACAAGAUGCAAGCGGGCCAGCGAGGCGCUGAUUCCUAAAGCCUCUCAGGCAUACCCUGCCGAGAAGCCACUGCCACUGGGUUGCUCGUUGCCGUCAUUGGACGAUUCCUCACAUGAGGUUUUGACAGAUGAUUACAAUACGGCGGACGAGGGCUUAUCGAUUGCAUCACACUCAAGGGAUGAUAAUGAGAUCGCGACAAUGCAUUCGAAAAGUCUUGGAUUUGAGAAUUUGAUGCUUGAGUUGGGUGCUAGUCUCCCACCAGCGCGGGAGCAAACUCCAGCCACGAUAUCUGAUUCCCUGCCAGGGCAGGUUAAGCACACCGGCGAUCCACUCAUACAUUUACCAGGUCAGCAUGUUCCCAAGGUGUUUGUUAUUUGCUGCAUUUGUGGGCACUGGCAUGAUUGGCCUUCACAGAUAUACUCGAGGUUCCCUCGUGGCAAGGUCGAUUCCACUACAAUAGAUGACGAAAGCCUGAUAAAGAAAAGAGCAGAAGUGACCAACGAAGAGAAAAGUGAUUCCGUUGUGCUUAGAAGUGAGCUAUCGAAGCACCCUACUAGCCUCCUAUGUCCUCCUGGGGCAUCCGACAGGAUUCCAGCUCAUUCAUGCCAUAGCUGCUGGUGCGGACACAAGAUGAAUCGAUCAUGCUGUCAAGAAUGGAGUACGAUGGUCCAUAUGCGCGAAAGACGCCAUUGAAUAUAGGUUGACAAUAUUGGUCACGCCCUUUCUGUUCUGCAUGAUUGCACCACAGU